AUGUCAACACCUGCAUCCAUUAAAGCGAUGGAAAUUGCUCGUGAAAAGGCUGCACGACGUCAUAGGCAAAUUGAUUCGGCUGGACUGGUACCACUUACUCAACCAUGGCCAUCCCGAAGUUACUUCUACGGAGUUUAUCGCGGAAGGAAUAUCGAUUUUACCGCGGAUAAGGCAGGUGGGCGGCAGUACACUAGUUUUGAGGGUGGAAGGAAAGAAAUAGGACCACGGUCACCGCCAAAACCACUUACUCCACCUCCUGUUGAAGAUGUUCCAAUCGAUGUGGACACCGAUGAUUACAAAGUAGAUGCCGAUGAAGUGAUUUGCUUUAGCGGUCGUCAGCACUUCCUCUCAAAUUUAUAUCCUGUUACGCUAACGGUGGAUGGACAUGACUAUCCGAGCGUGGAGCAUUAUUAUCAAGCUUGUAAACUGUAUACAUUGGGUGGCGCACGUCUUGCUGCACAACUUCGUAAUAUACCUGACGCUGGUUUCGUUAAAGCUCACACAAAAAAAUUGUUGCGUGCAGCUAAUGUUUCAUCAGAAAAGGUGGAAGAAUGGAAGCGUACUCAGGGUCCAGUAUUGUUACAUCAUGCAAUAGUACAUAAGUUUGUGCAAAAUCCUGAACUUCGUGCAAAACUUCUGGAAACAGGUACAGCAUUGCUUGCACAUACAUAUGAACGGGAUAAUAUUUUUGCUGCGGGUUGCGAUAAAGAGAAGAUGAUAGAAUGGGCGAAAAAUAAUAAUGGACAAAUAAUUAAGAUUCCGACCAAAAUAGAUAAUGGAACAUUGGUGUACAUUCCACUAGUAGGCGAAGGCAAAAAUGUUCUUGGCUUUAUCAACAUGAAGGUUCGUCAACAGCUUCUGCAGUUUAAAGCAACACAGCCACCUCUAACUGAUCCGAUCAUGAUGGUAGCAAUGCAAACACUGAAACUGGAUAGUCCGACAAAAGCAGAAACUAUGACAAACUGA